UCUUGAGCCGCUAGCAAGCAACGGGCACAGAAAGGCAAAAAAAAGCCUUAAGUAAAUUGCAGCUGUCUAACCGAAGGAAACCGGGAUAUGUCCGCUUGAAUGAAGGACAUAUGAGACGAUAAAGGUCGAAUACAGUGGAAUGACCAGGGGACAAUAACGGAGACGGGAUACCAGCCAGCUAAGUGCCUCGGAUACGCGGAAGUCAUCUUUUUCACCGGAGUAGGAAGGAAGAGUCGAAUCUCCCGACAGAAAAACACAUCCAGAGUGAAAACAUGAAUCCCGAAUAUGACUACCUCUUUAAGCUCCUGCUCAUCGGAGACUCUGGAGUAGGAAAGUCCUGCCUCUUGCUCCGCUUCGCUGAUGACACCUACACAGAGAGCUACAUCAGUACCAUAGGAGUGGACUUCAAGAUCCGCACCAUCGAGCUUGACGGCAAGACCAUCAAACUGCAGAUUUGGGACACCGCCGGUCAGGAGAGGUUUCGCACCAUCACCUCCAGUUACUACCGCGGAGCCCACGGCAUCAUAGUGGUUUAUGACGUGACGGAUCAGGAGUCCUAUAACAAUGUCAAGCAGUGGCUUCAGGAAAUCGACCGCUACGCCAGUGAAAAUGUCAACAAGCUGCUGGUGGGAAACAAGUGUGACCUGACCACUAAGAAAGUAGUGGACUACACAACAGCCAAGGAGUUUGCCGACUCCUUGGCCAUCCCCUUCCUGGAGACCAGCGCCAAGAACGCCACCAACGUGGAGCAGGCCUUCAUGACCAUGGCCGCGGAGAUCAAGAAGCGCAUGGGCCCCGGGGCCACGGCCGGCGGAGACAAGCCCAACUUGAAGAUCGAUAGCACCCCUGUCCGGCAGUCCGGGGGGGGCUGCUGUUAAGAGACCCCCCUCAGCCCCCUCAACAACACCCUCCGCCACCAUCUUCACUGAAUACUCCCAUUCUGUGUUCCCUCCCAUAAUCUCUGCCACUCCCUCGUCAAAACACCCCCCCCCCCCCCCCCUUCUAUCGGCAGAUCCAGGGAGGGUUGGCCCAACAGAGGACACUGUUUAAGUGUUCAGUUCAGGAAACGGAUUGUUCAUUUCAGGCAACCAUCAAACAACCAGGAGAGGAAAGCUGUGAGGGAGGGACAGACGCCGAGACCACCUUUACUUCCUGCCAAGAGGACAGAAAGAGAACCGAAACAGGGGAUUGAAUUGGUAAUUAUUUAGGUUAGAAUGGAGGCAGUGGAAGAUAUAUAUACAUAUUUCCAUACAAUGAGCUUAUUUCCCUAUAAACACACACACAGACACACACUGUAUUAAGGAGGCACAGGUUAAAAAAAUAUUCAAACUGGAAUUAUUACCCUACACACACACACACACAGAGGAAUGUUGGCAGUGUGCUCAAGUCCAAUAAGGUAGGAAGUGUUGCUUGUCAGUGACGGAUCAUCUCUAUUUACUAAAGAGGAUCCGUUGGGUGAGCCUCCUCAGCCUCCUCAGCCUCCUCACUCUCUUCAGGUUCAGACGGGACGCAGUGGGGCUUUUUUUAUGAUGUCAUUGUCAUCCAGGUGAAUCUGAGCCACACACCUGUUCUCCUGCUCUUUCUGCGGGUUAAUGAAAUAAAAGCAUCAAUCCCCCUGCGUGGCUAGUUAGCGAGUUAGCAAGGCAGCUAGAAUUUAGCUCACACUAUUCAAGAGCAAACUCUUUGUGGGGAACGUUCCCUUUAAAGCAUGUGACGAAGCUAAAACGAUAGCCUGACAUAAUAUUUGACUCUUCGGCUCUCUGUUCCCUCCAAAGUCACUAAAGCCGAAUUACCCAGAAGCUUCGGGAGGUUUACUCUGGGGCAAUGCUUCUGAAAUAAUUGCUUUAGUAAAACGUUUUGGUCUCUGAACCUGUAAUGAGAUCCCAUACAGGAGCAAAUACAGGCUAUAGCUAUGGCUGAGGUGAGGGGGCAAGGAGGGGACUGACCGCUGCAAUACACACUGCUAGUUGUUCUGUUUUGUAGUUUUCAUUUCAUCUAUAAGAGAAAGCAAUGUGACAAAAUGCUGUAACAUUUAGCAAAGCCCCUUCCUGGAAUGACACUACAUAUUACGAUCCAGGGGCCGUUGGCGCUGCAUACAGGUGAGGAAAAGUCAGAGGAGGGAGGGUGGGGGGGGGGG